AUGGGCAGCCUCCCGGUCCAACAACCCGCCGCCGUGACGGUGCCAUCAUCAGAACGCUGCGAGCCCGGCUCCUUUCCCCUCAAAAUCGCCUCCUACCCUUCCAACUCCUCGCCCAAAGACAUUGACCCCACUGAGGUCGCUGCAACCUGGGUCUCAAACUUCAACGCAUCUCUCGCGAAGCCCUCGCUGGCCAUCCUCUCCCAUCUCUUCCUGGAAGAGUCCUACUGGCGCGAUCAGCUCUGUCUCUCGUGGGACUUCCACACCUUGAACGGACCGGCUUCCAUUGUUGCCCUUCUCACCGCUUCUCGUAUGAAGUCUCUGUCGGUUGACACAUCAUCUGACUUCCGGUCACCGAAGGUCACUGCUCUAGAUGAUGGCAAUGGUCAGACCGUGCAGGUUUUCCUGAAGGUAGAGACGGAUGUUGGAUAUGGCGAGGGUCUCGUGAGAUUAGCCGAAGAGGCAGGAGUCUGGAAAGUGUUCACCCUACUCACAUUCUUGAAAGAGUUGAAGGGUCACCCGGAGACCGUUGGGAAGCAGAGACCGGUUGGGGUUAAGCAUGGGGAACGUGUUACACAUGAGAACUGGGCAGAUAGAAGGCUGAAAGAGGAGAUGUUCAAGGAUGAUGAUCCAGUUGUGCUCAUUAAAGAAGGCGCCGGACAAUCUGGUCUCACAGCCGCGGCCAGACUCAAAAUGAUCGGCAUCAAAUCUCUCAUCAUCGACCGCGAGGAGAGGAUCGGGGACAACUGGCGCUCGAGAUACCAUCAUCUAGUCCUUCACGACAGCGUAUGGUUCGAUCACCUCCCGUACCUGCCAUUUCCGGAAUCCUGGCCGAUCUUUACCCCGAAGGAUAAGUUGGGAGAUUGGUUCGAGUCGUACGUCAAGUUACUCGACCUCAAUGCCUGGACGCAGACAACGAUCAGCAAGUCAUCUUGGGAUAAAGAUCUCGGAAAGUGGACCGUGACUUUGGACAGAACUGUGAACGGCAAGAUUGAGUCUCGAGUCAUGUUUCCCAAACACAUCAUCCAAGCAACCGGCGCCAGCGGCCUCCCUAAUAUCCCCUCCCUCCUUACCACCGGCCAAAAAAUCUUCAAAGGCUCCCGCAUCUGCCACUCUUCUACCUACCCGGGCUCCCAGCCCGCCCACGGCCAGUCCAAAAAAGCCGUCAUCAUCGGCUGCUGUAACUCCGCGCACGACAUCGCCCAAGACUACCACGCGAACGGGUACGCCGUAACCAUGAUCCAGCGAUCCUCAACGCUCGUCCUCAACGUCGACACCAACGUCCGCUACAUGGCCGCUCUCUACGGCGAAGAGGCACCCAGGACGGAAGACGCAGAUGUGCUGUUCAUGAGCAGCGCGAACCAGGUAGUGAAGAAGAGCAGCAUCUCCAUGACCGCGAAACAAGCUGUCGACGACGCCGAGACGCUGGCGGGAUUGGAGAAAGCGGGGUUCAAGCUGGAUCAGGGGCCUGGGGGCAGCGGGCUCUGGAUGAAAUACCUGCAGCGCGGAGGCGGCUAUUAUCUCGACGUCGGCUGCUCCCAGCUCAUCAUCGACGGCAAGAUCAAAAUCAAGCAAGGCGUUGAGAUUGCCGAGGUCUUGCCCGACGGGUUGAAGUUUGCAGACGGGGAGGUGCUGGAGGCGGAUGAGGUGGUGUUCGCCACGGGGUACUUGAACAUGCGGUCGCAGUGCCGAGCCAUCUUCGGGGACGAGCUGGCGGACAAGGUCAAGGAUGUCUGGGGCUUUGAUGAAGAGGGGGAGAUUAGGACGAUGUGGAGGGGGAGCGGGCAUCGGAACUUUUGGUUCAUGGGGGGCAAUCUGGCGCUUUGUAGGUGGUAUUCUCGACUCUUGGCGCUGCAGAUCAAGGGGAUUGAAGAAGGCUUGGUGAAGUGGGAGGAUAUGUAG